GGAGUUUUUUUUGCUCAAACACUUUGCUUUGACUCUUCGAGUUCUGAACUCUCUGACUUAGUACCUCCUCCUCCCCCCUUCUGCUUUUUUUUUUUUUUCCUUCCUCCCUCCCCUGCUUCUCCAUUGUGGUGGGUUUCAUCAGACAACAGCGCGCGGGGGUUUUGUCUUAACGAAGAGCGGCAGACAGGGAGGCAGGAAGACGGGCUCGCAGCGAGGCAGGCUGCAGGAUAGGCAGGAGGAGACGCAGGUAGGCAGGCAGACAAAGAGAGAGACAGACAGCCGGUCGGGAGGGAAGGACUCCAGGGAGAGAUUAAAAGAGAAAUCUGAAAGAAACUCAAAGACGGAGGGAUUGAGCAAGACGAGCUGCGUGAUUUCAGAACGCCUCAUGAGUAUUCCCCGUUGUUGUCUUGCAGGAAAAUACAUUUAUGUUUCACCUGGUCUCGAACACGUGCAUGAAAGCAGCAGCCUCCGUAUCGAUUCUGCCUCGGUGCUGAUAUGUGUACACCAUGAGCGGACUGGGGGAGAACUCCAUGGAGCCUCUGAGCUCGGAAAACCGGAAGCGCAAGCUUUCCACUUGCGACACGCCUGGUCUGGGGUGUGAGAGGAAGCGACGGGAGCAGGAGAGCAAAUACAUCGAGGAGCUGGCCGAGCUGAUCUCCGCCAACCUCAGCGACAUCGACAGCUUCAAUGUCAAACCAGACAAAUGUGCCAUCCUCAAAGAGACGGUGCGGCAGAUCCGCCAGAUCAAAGAGCAGGGAAAAGCUUCAUCCAACGAUGACGACGUCCAGAAGUCGGACGUGUCCUCGACCGGCCAGGGCGUCAUCGACAAGGAUCACCUGGGGCCGCUCCUGCUGCAGGCUCUGGACGGCUUCCUGUUUGUGGUGAACCGGGAGGGCAGCAUCGUGUUCGUGUCGGACAACGUGACGCAGUACCUGCAGUACAAACAGGAGGAGCUCAUCAACACCAACGUGUACAACAUUCUCCACGAGGACGACAGGGAGGAGUUCCACAAGAACCUGCCCAAGACCAACAUAAAUGGAGUGUCGUGGGGAAGCGAGGCGACCCGACAGAAGAGCCACACCUUCACUUGCCGGAUGCUGGUCAAAUUCGGCCAUGCCCACGGUCCCAUGGAAGAGGGGCCCGGAGGGCCCCGCUACGAGACCAUGCAGUGCUUCGCCCUCACCCAGCCCAAGGCCAUGAUCGAGGAGGGGGAAGACCUCCAGUCAUGUAUGAUCUGCGUGGCUCGUCGGGUCACCGCCAUGGAGCGAACGGAGAGCUUCAACACCCGGCACGAGCUCUCAGGUAAACUGAUCCAGAUCGACCAGAACUCUCUGCGAGCGUCGAUGCGUCCAGGCUGGGAGGACUUGUUGAGGCGCUGCAUUCAGAUGUUCCUGCAGCACAGCGACGGACAGCCGUGGUCGCACAAACGCCACUACCAUGAGGCCUUUCUGCAGGGUCACGCCGAGACGCCCCUGUACCGCUUCUCCCUGUCCGACGGCACUCCUGUCACCGCCCAGACCAAGAGCAAACUGUACCGUCACCCCAUGAGCAACGAGCCGCAGGGUUUCAUCUCCACUCACCUGCUGCAGAGGGAACCCAAUGGUUACCGCUCAGCCUCAGGUGGGAGCAUGAUGCCGAACGCUAUGAGGCAGCAAGGCAUGGGGGGCCCCAACCCCAACGCCCAGAUGAACGUGAGCGCCGGUGGAGGGAUGGGUAUGGGGGGCAUGGGGGGCAUGAACAGAGGCUUCGGCAUGAGCGAGCAAGGCCACAUGGGUCACAUGGGUCCCAUGGGAGGUGGAUCCAUGUAUGGAGGGGGCGGCGGAGGGGGAGGCGGCGGCGGUGGCGGUGCCGGAGGAGGCGGCAUGGGCAACCGCAUGAUGCAGAUGAAUCAAAUGGGCCACAUGAACCAGAUGAAUCAGAUGAACCAGAUGGGCCCCAUGAAUCACCCGGGACCGGGCAUGCAGCCGCACCCCCAGCAGCCCCCGUUCCAGAGCAGCGGCGGGUUCGGGCUCAGUGGCAUGAACAGCCCCUCAGGCAGUCCCAGAAUGGGUGGUCCCCCCCAGCAGGGACUCCUCAUGUCUCCCAGGAACAGAGGGAGCCCCAAGAUGGGCUCCAAUCAGUUCUCACCUGGAGGUCUACACUCUCCGAUGAGCGGCAUCGGCAGUGGUGGAGGAAGCGGCAGCAGCACCACCACCUUCUCCAGCAGCUCCCUGAAUGCACUACAAGCCAUCAGUGAAGGAGUCGGGAGCUCGCUCUCCUCCACCCUGACGUCGCCCUCGCCGGCCCUCAAGCCAGACAGCUCUCCCAGCAUCCACUCCUCUUCCUCCUCUCAGCCCAGCCAGCCGGCCAAGCCGGGCCCGGAUGGCUCUAAAAGUCCAGCGGGAGGUCUAGGCCCGGGCCCCGGCGACCAUCAUCACCCCAUGCACCAUCACCACCAUCAUCAGCAUCCUCAGGCUGAGAGCACCGGAGAUCGACCGGACAGCCAAGCGGCCGCCGCGCCAAAAGAGUCUGGAGAGGGAGGCAACGAGGCGGGGGUGGCGAGCUCGGAGCCUCCGCGGCGGGUUCCGGAUAGCAAGGGGCAUAAGAAAUUACUGCAGUUGCUCACGUCCCCGACUGAAGAGCUGGGAAUCGGUGGCAGCGGGCCGACGGGGCCUCCUGUCCCUCCCCCGCCCAACAGCAGCAGCACUCCGGUGGGCUCCGACAGCAAGGACACGAGUGGGGGCAUGACGAGCCCCUCAUCCACCGGGGUCUCCUCCUCCUCUUCGGCCGGUGCCAGCGCGAGCCAGGCGGCAGGGCCAGGCGGCGUGUCGGCGUCGAUAUCGUCGGCCCACUACACUGGCUCGCUGCAGGAGAAGCACAAGAUCCUCCACAAGCUUCUCCAGAACGGCAAUACUCCAGAUGAAGUAGCAAAGAUCACGGCUGAAGCCACGGGGAAGGUGUCCCUGGGAGGCCAGGAGGGCGGAGAGGUGGGCACAGGGGGAUCGGGGGCCAUUUCGGGCCCUGGCUUGAUCACAGACCCCAAGCAGGAGCAGCACAGCCCCAAAAAGGAGAAGACGCACGCGCUCCUCCAUUACCUCCUGAACAAGGACGAUUCCAAAGAGCCGGUGGACGUUAAGCCCAAACUGGAGGAGCUGGAGGGGAAAGGACCUCCAGGGGCUGCUGGCGGCCCUCCACGGAGCGGCCCCGGGUCCGGGUCGGGUCCUGCAGGCGAGCAUCCGGAGAGCAAGAUCAAAUCAGAACCACCAGACGAUUUGCACAACCUGGAGUCGAUCCUGGGAGAUCUGAGGGGCUCCGGCUCCGACUUCUACCCUGAUCAGGCUGGAGGCGGCGGGCCCAACGACGCCGGGAACAAACCGCAGGGUUGCCUUGAUGACAGCCUGCAGGGGAGUCCAGGAAUGGGUCCAGGACCUCGGGGGCCUUUUCAGAGAACCAUGUCCAUGGAUGGGAAGCCCCCUGGUGGGCCUGGAGGGCCAGGCAGACGCCCCAUGCUCAUCAAGCAGGAGAACAUGAUGGGCAGCCCGGACGGCUACCCAGGAAACAUGGGGCCGAUGAGCAGAGGCAUGGUUCCUCAGAGGUCUCCCAUGGGGGGGUCGGGGGAGUGGGGCAUGCCCCGCUCCAGCACCAGCCCCGUCGGCUCGGCGGGACACCCGUCCAUGAUGCGUCCGGGCAUGGACUACAACAGCAGCGGCGGCAGCAAGGGAAUGAUGUCGGGACCCAUGGUCAGCCGCUCCAACAGCGUGCCGGGCAGCAGGUCCAUGCUGCAGCAGCAGCUCAUGGAUAUGGGGGGCUCUGCCGACAUGGGGAUGGGUCUGAGUCCGUUCAGCCAGCAGGGCCAGCCCAACCAGUCCCCCUCCUGGCCGGACUCCAUGAUGGGCAUGGAGGGCAACAGACGCCAGUUUGGCAACACCCUGGACGACCUCCUGGUUCCUCCCACCACCAGUGAGGGUCAGAGCGACGAGCGUGCGCUUCUGGAUCAGCUGGACUCGCUGCUGAAUAACACCGACGGCAUCGCUUUGGAGGAGAUAGACCGAGCUCUGGGGAUCCCAGACCUUGUUAGCCAGACGCAGGGAGCGGAGCAGCAGCUCGAGCCGUUUCCAGGCCAGGACCCGUCCAUGGUGCUGGACCAGAAGCCCCUCUACGGACAGGGCUACCCCGGACCCCCCGCCAUGCCCAUGCAGUCCGGCUAUGGAGGGAACCCCAUGCAGGGACAGGCCCAGCAGGGGGGCUUCGGCCCUAUGCUCUCCCAGAUGGGUCAAGGCGGCGGCUUCCCGGGCAUGGGGGGCAUGGGGGGCAUGGGGCACCCUCGUGCAAACAUGAUGAGGCCCAGGAUGAUGAGUGCCAACAAGCCCAUGAGACUCCAGCUGCAGCAGAGGCUUCAGGGGCAGCAGUUCAUGAAUCAGACACGGCAGGGCAUGGCCAUGAAGAUGGAGAACCCGGGAGGAAACCCUGGCAUGAGGCCCGGCAUGCAGCCCGGCAUGGGAGGACAGCCGGGCUUCCUGAACGCUCAGAUGAUGGCUCAGCGCAGCAGGGAGAUGGUCACCAUGCAAAUGAGGCGGCAGCGGAUGAUGAUGCUGAUGCAGCAGCAGCAGCAGCAGGCGGCCGCCGCCGCAGCCGCCGCCGCCGGGGGGUUCAGCCCCCCUCCCAACGUCACGGCCCCCGGCGGCAUGGACAACCCCAUGGGAGGGCCAAACAUGGGUCAGCCGGGCCCCCAGCAGUUCGGCUAUGGCGGGAAUUACGGGAUGGGCCAGCAGGGGGACCCUUCUUUCGGACCGUCGGGCGGCAGCCCUCCUAACAUGAUGCCGGGCCGCCUGGGGCCUCAAAACCCCAUGAUGCAGCAGCACCCACAGGGUGGCCCCAUGUACCAGGGCGCCGACAUGAAAGGCUGGUCGCAGGGAGGCAUGGGACGAAACAGUUCGUACUCUCAGCAGCAGUUCGGGCAGCAGGGACCUCCGGGGCAGCAGCAGUUCGGCCAGCAGGGCAACCCGGGGCAGUACGGAGGCAUGAUGAUGAACGGAGGCAUGCCGGCCAGCGGGGGAGGCGGCCACAUGGGGCAGAUGGGGGGACAGAUGGGCAUGAACCCCAUGGUGAUGGGCCGCAUGCCUAUGGGACCUGAUCAGAAGUACUGCUGAACGUCGGGACAGAAGUGUUUUGUCUCACUGUGAUCAGAGAUGGGAGACGACUGCAGCACGGGAGAGAGUGUGUGUGUGUGUCUGCGUGCGUGCGCAUGUGAGUGUGUGCAGUGCUGCGCUCCCACCAGACGAGGGAGUGAACUCUCCUUUGGACUCCCGGCCAGUUGAAGGCGAUCCUGAGGAAAAAAAAAACAAGUCAGUGGACCCAGUGUGACUGAAGCUGUUUGGACAGACUCCCCUGUGGUUCCUCCUCUAGACUGUAGAUUAAUAUUCCUCUUUACGAGCGGUCUGCGCUCCUCGCGCCGCUCGCAGGACCAAACAGUGAAGGUGGACAGACGUUGCUGAGACUUCCUCUCCUUUGUCGAAUGUACAAUGAAGCUGUAAUCAGAUUUUUUUUUUGUUUUUUUUAAAGAAAUCGGGACUCCUCUCUUGUUUCUAAACUUUGUGGGAUUUCGAUCCGCCGUCUUUCUGCUGCUCCCGGAGGAGGAUUUCUGUAAGCGCGAUCCUCGGUGACGAGCCAUCAGAUUGUGACACCACUCACAUGAAUGUCAUUAAGCAGUAGCACAUUUUAUUUCCUUUUCUUUCUUUCUCUCAUUUUUUCUGUCCUCCAGGACGCCACCGGGCUAAAAGUACGACUGAAUUACUCGUUGGCUGAUUGCACUUUAAGGAAAAGCCAACAUCA